GUGUUUUUCAUCGUCAAAAUAUUGAGGAAAUCAAUAAAUAUUAUCCCAAUUUAUUUGUUUUUCAUUAAAAAUCUAAUGGAUAAUUUACAAAAUACCCAAAUAAAUUCAACAAAUAAUUUAAUUGAGCCUCCAAAGGGUAUUGAAUCAGAGAUUGAAAGUUCUACAAUUUUAGAGGAUGAAGAUGUUGAAUGGAUAGAGGUGACAGAUGAUGAGUGGUGUGGGGAACAAGAAAAUGAGCAAAAUGUUGGGCAAUUACAAAAACAGCCCGAAUUAAUAUUACAACAAAAACCCUUUGAAACUUUUCAAACAACCAGCACAACUUCAAUAAUCCCAACAAAUAAUGUCCAGUCAGAAUCUACAGAAAAAAUAACUGAAAGACUUCCAGAUGAAUUAAGUAGUAUAAGUCCAGUAGAAAGUGACGAACAAUCGGAAGAAUUAACAAUCCCAACAACAAAGGAUUUGUUAACUGGGGCUGCCCAAAAGGUGGCAUUUUCUGUUGAGAAGGAAGAAAAGGAAAAUGAAAAUAAGAAUGGAGAUGAAAUUCAAAUAAAAAUAUUUGAAGGAAAAAAGAAGGAGGAAAUUGAAGAAGAAAAAGAAUUAAGAACACCUACUGCUAAUAUUCAAUCAAAUUUUUUUCCAACAGACAAGGGAAAGGAAGAGGAGGACAAAAAUAGGAAGGAAAAUAUUUUUGAAAUUCCAACAAUUUAUUUUCCAAAAAAUGAAACUUUAAUUAAUCAGAAUGAAGAUGUGGAGAAGAAAAAAGCUGCGGAAAAGGAGGCAGAAAGAUUAAUAACGGAAAUUGGGUUAAAAGAAAAUGAAGAAAAUAAAAGGGGAAUUAAUGGAAUAAAUGAGGGAGAGAAUAAAAAUUUGGAUAAUUUAGAGGGAAUAUCUACAGAAAUUAAAAUACAACCAUUUUCUCAUUCGAAAGAAGCUGAUUCCUCUAAUAAAGAAGAAAAUAGGUUGAUACAGGGAGAUCAAGAAAAAGACGUAAAAGGAGAUAAAAUAAAAAGAGAAGAAUCCAAAAGUGAAGAAACGAAAUUUUACGAAGUUCCACCAAACGGUUAUGAAAAACUACCAUUAAUUGAAGUUAAACCAGCUAAUGUUAAUUAUUUAAUUCCUCAAGAAAGUAAAGAAGAGAAGAUGUUAACAGAAACAAUUAUUUUACCGAAAAAUGUCAGAUUUAUUGAGGAGAGGAAGGAAGAACAACAAAAGAUUGGGGAAAACAAGUCCAAGGAUGAAAUAUCUUCCUUGGAUGAAUAUGAAUUAAAAUUGAGAAGACGUUCUAAAGAGGCACUGGAAUUGGUUGAUAAAAUAUGUGGAUUACAGGCACAAGAGACAGAAAAAAAACCUCCAAUCACUCGACCUUCUCAAUUUAAUCUUGAAAUGGAUAGACCAGUUAAUACAACAAAGGAUGAAUUAAAAGAAGCACUAAAUGCAGGAAUUCAUGGGUUAUCUGGAAGUAAUAGAGGGACUGUUGGAGUGGAUACAAGAAUACCAGAAUCUGUUAUUCAAAUUGGAGGAGGUCCAAUUCUCGAUGUAGAAUGUGUUUCAGUUAGUCAAUCAUUACUUCAAUUUCCAAUGGAUUGUCUUCUUUUGCCUGGAAAUAAUUUAUUAAUUGUUGAUUCCGAUGCCGGUCUUUUAUUAAUUUCAUUGGAAUCUAAACAAGUUUUAAAACAAAUAAGUCCAAAACAAAAUGUUUGGAGAAAUCCGGAAUGUUGUUGUUUGGGAAGUGGAGGAAAUAAUAAUGGAGAAGAACAGACCAUCUUUGUAAAUUUUAAUUUUUAA